UUUCUGCACUUUGCUGGGGUCUCCGACAUCGACAACCCUCUGUGGCAACCUGGAGGUGGACGUGUGAUUGAACACACAGGGACGGUUCAGAGAGCUUCUCUCAUUCUGCGGUUGAGGCUCAGUAUUUACAGAUAUCCCCGGGCUUUGUUGCUAUGGCUCUCCGUUUCUAAGGGCGGGGUGACUUGAUGAAGCACCUAGCCGAGUUUCUCCAUGAAACUCUAUUUCUCACUCUCUCACUUUGUUGUUAUCCACGGACACGUUACCUCAACUCGCCCCAGGCAAGGGCAAGGCACGCAGUCAUUUCGAAGCUAUUUCUCCAGCUCCCUAGUCCAGUUGUACUAUAAUUCAACAGUUGGACGCUUGGCAGUGCGUUUAACAUUGCAAUCGAUGGCUUGGAUUAACCCGAGAUAUAUCUUUUAUUUCUUCCUCUUGACGGUGUGUUCUCAAACUGGACAAUGCUGCAAGAAAGGGUUUGCAAAACACGAGUUCAAGGCCGUGGUUCCUCCACAGGUGUUAAAGGGGAAAGUUGUACUUAAAGUGAAAUUUAACGAUUGCAGUCUGGGAGAGCACAUAAGUUUGCAUACCAAUGACUUCAAUUUUGGAAUCCAUUCCAAUGGUAAGGUAUAUGCAACUCAUACCCAAAACAUCAGCUCAACAUAUCACUUCAAAGUCUUGGCAAGGGAUUUAAAAACACACAAGAAAUGGAAAGUUCCUGUCAUUUUAGUGCCUUCAGCAGACAAAGCAAAGAAGGUUUUGAAAGAAGAAGUUCCCGUCAUCUAUUUCCGAAAAGCUAGCCGGUCGAGACGACAGAAGAGAGAAUGGAUCAUUCCACCAAUCGACGUGAGGGAGCAUGAACCACCGAUGCGCAACCCCAUUGGUUCGAUUUUCUCCGACAUUGAACAAUAUGGAAAAUUAACCUAUGCCCUCAGUGGCCCAGGAGCAGACCAGCCCCCAGUCAACAUGUUUGUGAUUGAUCCUUAUACUGGUAAUAUAAAUAUCACAGGGCAAGUGGAUCGUGAACUGAAUCCAGAGUUCCGGUUGACAGGACAAGCCUGGAAUUCCCUUGGUCAACCUGUUGAGAAACCCCUUUCACUCGUGAUUAAGGUUCAGGAUAUUAAUGAUAAUGCUCCGGUAUUUGCUAAACAAGUGUUUGAAGGAAGUGUUGAAGAAUUAUCCCAAUCUGGUACCUUUGUGUUGGCAUUAAAUGCAACAGAUAGAGAUGAAGGAGAAAACGCUCAAAUUGCCUACAGGAUUCUAUCUCAGGGAAACGAGAUGUCUGUUACAAAGUACAAUGGAGAUAUUAAAACAACGACAAAUAACUUAGACAGAGAGACCCAAGAUUUGUAUACUCUUGUUGUGGAAGCCCGGGAUAUGAAUGGGAAGGCAGGGGGAUUAUACUCGACCGCAAAUGUCCAAAUCAAGAUCUUGGAUGUCAACGACAAUAUUCCUACCAUUGAAAAAGAAGAGUACGAGGCAUCUGUUCAAGAGAAUACAUUGAAUGAUGAAGUCACACGCAUCAAAGUGUUCGAUGAAGACCAAGAAUUUACAGAUAACUGGCUGGGGAACUUUGAGAUUAUUGAAGGAAAUGAGGACGGACACUUCAGGUUCGAAAUCGAUGAGCAAACCAAUGAAGGAAUUUUGGUACUCCAAAAGGAAUUGGACUACGAAGAAGCAUCAACGAGAACGCUGCUCCUUAGAGUUUCCAACAAAGCAGCUUAUCAUUCUUCUCUCUUAACUGGAGGUGGAGGAGGUGGUGGAUCUAAACCUGUUAAAUUAAAGAUUAAUGUAAUGGAUCAGAAGGAAGGAUUUUCAUUUAAGCCAACCAAAAAGCGAAUCACUCUCAGUGAAAACAAGAAAAAGGUCCACAUUGGUCAGAAACUUGGAAGAUACCCAGCCUUCAGUGCUGAUACUGGGAAGGAGAGUGACAGAGUCAGAUAUGCAAAGGGUUCUGACCCGGCCAACUUCUUCAACAUUAACCCUGACACUUCGGAGAUAACACUUGCCAAGCUACCUGAUCGGGAGUCUGAGCAUGUGGUUAACGGGAGGUACACAGCAACGGUAUUGGCCAUAGAUAAUGAUGGAGGCUCUCCCAUCACCUCCACUGGAACCAUCUUGAUUAACGUGGAAGAUGUCAAUGAUAACAUCCCGAACUUUGAUAACCUCCAACCGUGCAUGUGCAGCCACGCAAAAUAUUUGAAUGUCACUGCAUCCGAUGCCGAUGGUGUGCCGUUUGGAGCGCCUUUCCGUUUCAACGUACAGUCUGAGCAAACGUGGAAGUUGGGCCCCACAGAUGCAACCAGCAUGCAAUUGGUUCCAUUACAAGAUCUAUGGCCCGGAGUAUUUUCUGUGCCGGUAUGGAUUGAGGAUAACAAUGGCAAGGGCCACACAGUCACCCUCGACGUCACUGUCUCAGAUUGCCAUGGUACCGACCAUUGUUCUUCAGAGAGAUUAGUUCAGUCAAAAGCAGAGCUUGGAGGUCUUGCCGUGGCAUUGAUGAUCCUGCCUCUGCUGCUGUUGCUACUUCUUCCUUUGCUCCUCGUGUUUUGCAAGUGUGGCAGUGGAUUUUAUGGAAAACCUGGUUUCUUACCAGUUGAGGGAGACAGGACUGAUGGGACUCUGGGCCAAAGCAGUAUUGAGGGAGGAGGACAAGUAGACACGAUGAUACCACUGGUACCUCAUCCAGGGAGAUUGGAUGUCGUUCAGCCAAGCGAAGAGUGGGUCGGUAAGGCAGGCAAGUCAUUUGGAUUGGUAGGAUUGAGCUCUGCUUAUGUAAAUGGGAGUCUCGACAAAGGGGCAAGGUGGACCGUGGAAGGAAGUGAUGGAACUUGCAAGACCGACCUGAUGACUUCUCUUGACUACGGAAAAUCAGCAUGGAGUCAUGAUCAAUACCUAAAAUGGUUAAGUACCAGGAGCACAGAAGGCAUCGAUGUGUUCAAAGGUGCACACAAGACAAGACAAUACAUAGGACAAUACAUUAAUCAGAAGGUGCAUGCCAUUACUCAAGAAUGGACAUCUCAGAGUUUAAACGAUUGUCUACUGGUUUAUAACAGGGAAGGUUCAAACUCACCCGUGGGCUCACUGGACUGUUGCAACCUUAUUGAAGAGUCUCCUUUGGAUGACUCCUUCUUGAAUGACUUGGAUCCAAAGUUCAGGAUGCUGGCUGAAAUCUGCAGUGGGCAAUCGAUGAAGGAAAUCUCAGAAGUAGUCAGCUCUCAAAGCUGGGAGCAGAAGAGCAGCCCUCGGCCAUUGAUCCAACAGGAGGAAGUAGUGAAGAAAGAAAUUGUUUCGUCCAGCUCUGUGAUGCAACAACAUAGUGACUUCAACCCGCUGUCUCUGAAGAAGCACUACAUCGUGACCACCACUAUCCAGCCUAGUCAGGAAGAGCCCCCAUUUGUUGGUGACCAGAGCGGUGUGACAUCACGGCAUGAAGAAUUCCAGACCGUGUCCAUCACAACUGACCCAGCAAUGGCUCAGAAAAUGGCAGUGACCAAAGUCGAUUACGGCCCGGGAGGGUUCCAGGGGAUAGUCCCAUCCUUCACCACCACGCCUGCUGCCCAGAAGAAUGUAGUAGUGGUGAGGUCAGGUUUGGGAGGGAUCCAGAGUAUGGCCGCUGACCCAUCAACCGGUCAGGGAUCUCAAAUGCAGAAAACUGUGGUUGUGACAAGUUCAGUUAACACGGGAUCAGAAGGAGUACAAGAGAUGUUGACCAACCAGAUGAUUGGUCAGGUUCCUGUAACCCAUGAGAAUUCAGUAGUUACCGGGCCAGUCAAUGCAGGUUUGAGAGAGACCCUGGAUCACAGCUAUAUCAAUAAGCAGGCAAUUGAGAAGAAUGUGACCACCAGCAAGUCUAACAGUGGGAUGUAUAAAUCAGUAAAAAAGACGACCAAGGUUGUACAGUUAGUGCAGGAGUAGAGGAUUGCUCAUUACUUUGGAUUGCAAUGUUAGUGGGGGAGGUACUUUUAAAUAAAAUCUGAAAAAUAUUUAGUACUUUUUUUCUCUCAGGAAAAAGCAGCCGGUUUGUUUGGCAGCCCAUUCACCAACCUAACCAUUCAUUCCCUCCACCACCAGCACACAGUGGCUGUGGUGCAUUCUGUCCACGAAACACACUGUUGUUGCUCGGCCAGGCUACUUCCUCCGACAACACCUCCCCAACCCCCGCGGUCUCCACCGCCAAGGAGGGCGAGGGGCACCGGGUGCUUGGGCCACCACCACCUGCAGGUUCCCCAAUCAUCCCGACUUGAAAAUGUAUUAACAUUCCUUAAUUGUCGAUGAGUCUUAACUCCAUAAACUCCCUCCCCAACAGUGCUGUGGGAGCACCUUCACCAGAAGGACUGUGAAAACAUUUUCACUCCUGUAGCGAUAAAGGUUUGGAACUCUCUACCCAGAAGGGCGGUGGAGACAGUACGCAGAAGCCCUAGAAAAGGCCAUGACCUGCAGGACUAUGGAGUAAGAGCUGGGAAGUGGGAUUCAUCCUUACAGUUACCAUGGAUACGUUGGACUCUUUUCUGUCAUAAAUUUUUAUUUUUGCAAUGUAAUGAACAAUUUGAACUUGAUAUUUUAAAUGCAAACAACAUUUCUCCUGAGAAAAAUAAGCUAUUUUAUCUGCUAACUUUUAUUGUAUAUUUGAAUUAAUUACAGCAUGUUUGCCGGGUUAAGGGGAACAAGCAAGGGACUAGGGAUUAUUUGGAGAUUUCUACUGAAGGAGUUUAGAGUAACUAAACCAAGUGGCUGCUUCUGAGGUAAUUCAAAAAACAAACCGCAAAUGCUGGAAAUUUGAAUAUUAGGAAAUAAUGACAAGUUAAAUCAAUUUAUCUUAGAAGUGAAGCAACACUGGAAACUGCCAUAAUAAAAACAGACAAUGCUGGAAACACUCAGCAGGUCAGGCAGCAUCUGUGGAGAAAGAAACAGUUAAUAAAACUUGCUGGUUCCCCUUUCCACAGAUGCUGUCAGACCUGCUGAGGGUUUCCAACACUCUCUGAUUUUAUUAUGGCUGUUUUCUCUGUGGCAUGGUUCAAGGAUUAAUUGAUUUAACGCCGCGUUAGAUCUUAAAAAGAGGAGACAGUGUCGGUAUUGAGAUACAAGAGCCUGCAGAUGCUGGGACUCUCGUUCUCUGCCUCCACAGAUGCUGCCUGACCCUCUGAGUUCCUCCCAGUGUUUGUUUUGUAGCAUUGAGAUAAUUUAGGAGUGUUAAAUUCCAAACAUGCAGACGUCUUGGAGGAGAGGAAGUUGCAAAGGUUUGCUUAGCUUGUAUUUAAAGUCACAGCUCUGGGGUAGAAGCUCAAGCAUGUCCAUUCUUGGGAGGGCACAAGUUAUUUGUAUUGCCGCAGUGAGCUGGUGCCAGGAGGUAUCCAGUGAAGCACCAAUGUGUUCAGGUCCUUUAUUAGCAACCACAGGCCAGGACUAGGAGCAAGAAGAGGUGACUGGGAGGGAGAAUGGAGUAGGGAGAUCGGAAGGCACUUUGAGUGUUAUUCCUGAGUUUCGCCCAUGUUAGUCAUUGAGUCAUACAGCACGAAACAGGCCCUUCAGCCCAACUCAUCCACGCUGACCAAGUUGCCUACCUGAGCUGGUCCCAUUUGCCUGUGUUUGGCCCAUAUCCUUCUAAACCUUUUCUGUCCAUGUACCCCUCCAAAUGUCUUUUAAACAUUGUAAAACAUAGAACAGUUCAGCACAGUACGGGCCCUUCGGCCCACGAUGUUGUACUGACCUAUAUAAACCUACCCCAUAAUCAAUCUAACCCUUCCCUCCUCCACAGCCCAUAACCCUCCACCUUUCUUACAUCCAUGUGCCUAUCCAGGAGUCUUUUAAAUGUCCCUAUUGUAUCAGCCUCUACCACCACCCCCGGCAGUACGUUCUAAUUGUCCCCACCUCUACCAUUUCCUCUGGCAGCUCGUUCCACAUACCCACCACCCUCUGUGUGGAAAAAGUUGCCCCUCAGGUCCCCUUUAAAUCUUUCCCCUCUCAUCUUAAACCAAUGCCCUCUAGUUUUAGACUCCCCUAUACUCCAGGGAGAAAAACUGGGACCAUCCACCUUAUCUAUGUCCUUUGUGACUUUAUAAACCUCUAUAAGGUCACCCCUCAGUCUCCUAUGCUCCAGGGAGAAAUGUCCCAGCCUGUGAUUAAAGGAGAUGUGAGGGGCAAGUUUUUUUUUACACAGAGUGGUGGGUGCCUGGAACGGGCUGCCAGGGGUGGUGGCGGAAGCAGAUACAAUAGUGCCGUUUAAAAGGCUGAAACGUCGACAGUUCCUUUCCCUUCCACAGAUGCUGUUUGACCCACUGAGUUCCUGCAGGCCUAUUUUACUGCUGGGAAUUCCAUGCACCAGAGGUUUCUAGUAUUUGUAAUUACUCGCAUUCUUGAUGUACUUCAGGUGUUUGUUGUCUGAUCAUGACCAGCAGUAAUUGGAUUUCUUGGAGAAUGCAACACAAAUUAUCAUUCUUGGUUGUAGUAUAAUCUUGUUUGGUGAUAUUUAACAUGUCUGAAUGAUAGAUUAAACCAAGAAUUCUCUCUUUGGAGUGAUUUUAAUUGUCUUGCAAAAAUCUGUAGAACAUAUAUAUAUAAAAAACAUUAAAAUGUAUUUACUAAGAGGCAAAGUACGUGCUAUGCUAUGCAAUGCAAAUUAAUACCACGUGGAUGAAGGUUGCUGUGAAAAGCAUUUAUUUGGUUAUUGUGUAAUGAUAAAGAAGUAUUAAAUUCUAGUCUUUCAAGCAUCCCUGAGUUGUGCCUUCAGCUCAAAAGAUUCCUUCCUGAACCCUUCCAUGUUUCCAUCCAUCCCUCAAAACCCGGGUGAUCCAUCAUGAUAUCUCCACAUGUAUCUCCAUGCCAAUUUUGUGUGUGAGCACUCAUGUAAAGCAUCCCAGGAUAUUCUUCUAUGUUAAAGAUGCUAAAUAAAUGAAACUUGUUCCUAAGAAAUAGAAGCUGGGGAAGGCCAUUCAGCCCAUCUGCACCCCCAUUUAUUAAGAUUGUGGCUGAUUUUUUUUUAACCUCAGUGCCGCUUUCUUGCACUAACCCCAUUUCUGAGUCCCGUAAUCUACAGAAUUUAAACUCCUGAUGAAUGGUGGACUGCUCACUUCCAUCACCUUCAGGGGGAAAAGGUAUUAAGGAAAUCCCUCUGAAAGGAAUUUCCAAGGAAAGCCUGUUGAUGCUUGCUUAUGAUCAGGGUAAUCUCAAUCACUGUAACAUUUAGAAUUGAGUAUAUAUUUUUGAAAUGGAGAAAUUUUAAAUGACUAUUUGCUGUAAUAUUUUGAAGUCUGCAUGGUUUAUGCCUUCCUUUCUACAAAUCUUAGUGAUGGACACAUCGACAGUGAACUCUUUAUAUUAUGGGAGUUCCAAGUAACAAUUGCAUUGCAUGAACUUGCUUUGUUUGUAGAAUUUUGUUAAUCUCUUUCAAUAAAUCUCAUACAGGGACCUGAUUAUUUGUUGAUUUGUCUCAUUAAUUUAGGGUUUCCUAUGUUUUAUUAUUUAAAAACUGCAAAUAAAAGCAUGUUCUCCAUUAGGGGUGAUGUGGAAAGAUUUGCUUUUCUGAAAAGCCGUAUUUUACGUUUGUAUGUUUUGU